GGGGUCGUUACAGUGCUAACCGUCAGUGAGUGGUUCCUGUGGUGACAGCGGAGUGAGCGGCGGUAGCAGCAGUACCAUCGUCGUCUGGAGCCCUUCCCCGAGCCGUCCGCAGCCAUGGAACGAACGGCGCGGUUUAAAUUCUAACGGCCGGCCCCGCACGCGCAGCCAACCAGAGGAAGAGAAGGGCCGGCGGGAGGAUCGGCCGACGAGCUGACCGGGUCGGACAAGGGGGCGGGCGGGGCGGCGUCACCGUCACCGCGGUCGCAGUCGUCGGCGUGGAGGCCGAGGCGACGGACGAAGGGUUUUGGGGCCCAGCCAUGGACGAGCACCCGGGAGCCGGGGUGUUCUUCGGCAAUAACUCGGUGCUGAGCGGCGGCGGCGGCGUGGGGGCAGGAGGCGGAGGCCCGGGGAUCGGCGGCAGGAACCUGCAGCAGCCGCAGCAACCGGGAGCCGAGGGGGAAGCUCAGAGGCCGCAGUACAACAUCCCGGGGAUCCUGCACUUCCUGCAGCACGAGUGGGCCCGCUUCGAGGUGGAGAGGACGCAGUGGGAGGUGGACAGGGCCGAGUUGCAGGCGCAGAUUUCUUUCUUGCAAGGGGAGAGGAAAGGCCAGGAGAACCUGAAGAAGGAUUUGGUUAGAAGAAUUAAAAUGCUUGAAUAUGCUUUAAAACAGGAAAGAGCUAAACAUCAUAAAUUGAAAUAUGGGACCGAGCUCAAUCAAGGGGAUAUGAAGCCUCCAAAUUAUGACUCUGAUGAAGGAAAUGAAAAUGAAAUACAGACAACACAAAAUAAUCAGUUAACAUGGAAGCAAGGGCGACAGCUCCUUCGUCAAUACUUACAGGAGGUGGGUUAUACAGACACCAUAAUAGAUGUGAAGUCAAGGCGAGCACGGGCACUACUUGGCCUCUCCAGUGAUGAUCUAGAUAAAUUAUCAGAAAACAAGAAUCUGGAGCCUGUUGUAAAUGGUGGAGAAACUCUAAUAAAAGGAACAAACAUGAUUGGAAAUUCCGGAGAGAAAGUUAAACCACUUUCGACUGAUUCAGCAGAUGUGCUGGAAACAUUGAAUUUCCUUGAAAAUGCAGCAGCAGAAUUUAGUGAUGAAGAUGAAGACGAUGAAAAUGAUGGAAAAGAGAGAACCAUUAGCGAUAGUUCGUUUGUUAACAAAGGAGUGUUAUCUGAUCUGACGGAAGAUAUGGACACUGAGGAAGCGCUGAGAGAGUUUGAUUUCUUAGGAACUUCAGAAGAUGAAGGAGCAGGGGAGUCGAGAAGUGCGGGCGAUGGAACAGAAUGGGACAAGGAAGAUGUAUGUCCCACACCAGAGAGCUGGGACGUGGACCAGGGACUAAUAACCAAACUCAAGGAGCAGUACAAAAAGGAGCGAAAGGGGAAAAAGGGGGUGAAGAGGCCAAACAGAUCAAAGUUGCAAGAUAUGUUGGCUACUUUAAGAGACGUAGAUGAGCUCCCUCCACUGCAAUCUUCAGUAAACUCACCCCCAAGGCCAAUUUCCACACGACUGACUGAGCAUGAAGCUGGCAGGACAGAAGAAGUUGAGGCACUGACCUUUCCCCCGGGAGCAGGUAAAUCCUUUAUCAUGGGUACAAAUGAAGCACUAGAGAAUGCGUUGGGUCUUGGAGAGCUGGCGGGCCUCACAGUUGCUAAUGAGGCAGAUCCUCUAAAUUAUGACAUUACUAAUAAUAAGGAUGCAUUAAGAAAAACUUGGAAUCCUAAAUUCACAUUACGGAGCCACUUUGAUGGAAUAAGAGGCCUUGCAUUUCAUCCAGUUGAACCUGUUUUGGUAACUGCCUCAGAAGAUCACACUGUGAAGUUAUGGAAUUUACAAAAGACUGCCCCAGCAAAAAAGAGUACCUCGUUGGAUGUAGAACCCAUACAUACGUUCAGGGCUCACAGAGGCCCAGUGCUGUGUGUUGUGAUGAGCACCAGUGGAGAGCAGUGUUUCAGUGGAGGUUCUGAUGGUUUAAUCCAGUGCUGGAAUGCUCCCAGUCCUAACAUUGAUCCCUAUGAUUCAUAUGAUCCUUCUGUGCUGCGAGGCGCUUUGGAAGGUCACAGCGACGCAGUUUGGGGUUUGGUGUACAGUGCAACACAUCAACGUUUACUGUCCUGUUCAGCUGAUGGUACUCUACGGCUGUGGAACGCCACUGAAAUAGCACCUUCACUUUGUAUAUUUAAUGAGAACCGAGAAUCUGGAAUCCCUACCUCUGUUGACAUAGUCUGUAGUGAUCCUUCUCAUUUGGUGUCAUCUUUUGUGAAUGGGCAGACGAGCAUUUUUGACAUGGAGACAUGUCAGCGAUUCCUCACCUUUGAGUCCAAUAUUGAUGCUUCAUCUACAUGUCAGAUUAAUAAAGUGAUUAGUCACCCUACACUUCCUGUUACUAUCACAGCCCAUGAGGACCGACACAUAAAAUUCUUUGACAAUAACACAGGAAAAGUUCUUCAUUCAAUGGUAGCCCAUUUGGAUGCUGUCACAAGUUUAGCUGUAGAUCCAAAUGGCUUGUAUCUGAUGUCUGGCAGUCAUGACUCUUCAAUUCGUUUGUGGAGCCUUGAGACCAAGACAUGUAUUCAGGAAUUCACUGCACAUCGUAAAAAGUUUGAUGAGUCCAUCCAUGAUGUGGCAUUCCAUCCUUCCAAAUGUUACAUUGCCAGUGCUGGGGCAGAUGCAUUGGCCAAAGUAUUUGUAUGACAGUUUUCUGUAGAGUACUUCAAACCCUUUAUUAUCAAUUAGUGUCUAUGACACUGCCAGACAUAGGGAUAUCCUUUACUGCCUAGCAAUCCUGACACUUGGGUUGCAGAGUCUACAGUUCUGAAACACUUGUAUUUUCUGCAAGUUUUUUUCACCUGGUUUGUUCAGGCUGCUCUAAGGCCAACUGUGCUAAUGUUUGAGGGAUUUGCUGUUCAGUUCUUCCUUAAGUUAAUUUCUGUAAUCCUGGGGCUGCCGUGUUUAUCCAGGCAGGCCUGGAUAAAGUCGGAUGGGGUAUAUUUCUUGUUUUUAGAGAAAUGAAAAUACAUCUGGCAACACCUGUAUGAAAGGCAAUGUCUGUUCUCUUUGCUAGGCAGCUAAGUUGUUUGAGGUAGCAAGGAAUGCCAAUAGAGUGGAGAGCCAAGCUGCUGCAAGUGCAGCAACUCCAGGUUAAAGGGAGAUGUAGAAAGUCCAACAUUAGAGUAUUUUUGAAGAGAAGAUGCCAAACAUUUGCUAAACAAAAGGAGACCUCUUAAACAAUUGUACAAUAAAAGCUGAAUGUUUACAUAUGGGAUACAAUAUCUGUAGUCGAUUAUUGUUCUAGCUGCCUGACUGUAUUAGACUUGUGGCAGCAGUGUGACCCGUGAACACAUUUCUCCUUAAAGACAGUUUUUAAGGUAAAUUGGGGUUGUAAGUAAAUUUAAUUGCGUAGAGCUACACUUUAUUUGGAAUUGUGUAUAAAUAUAUGUUUGAGGUAUUGUUUAGCACUUACAUAAACACUGACAUUUUUAAAUACAGUUAUAUGCAGGUAUACUUUCUUUUAAAACACAGUUAUAGAUUUUUGUCUUAAAAAAGGGACUUUAAUUCUUUAACAUCAGGUAUUUGAAUGUCUAGUACUCUUACAAAACAUGCAUUUUAAUUUCAGAUGGCCUGAAGACUACAUAUUGUAAACACAGCAAUGGAAUGUUUAAUGGUAUCAUAAUUUUGGGGCGUUUAACUUUUGGGUUUUUUUUGUAAUGAACCUUGGCAUUAACACUUCCUUGGACUGGUAUGUGCACUGUGGGUGAUGGUAUGGGAAAUUUAGUGCUGUGCUAUUUUGCUAAGAGAUUUUACUGAUUCAAUUUUCAAGUGACAUGCCAUCUGCUUUCAAUGGCAUGGUGUUGGCUGCAAUCGAAUACUACUGGGCACAAGAGCAAGAUAAUUUUACAGCAAAGAUUUCUUUCGAUUGGAGGAUAAAUUGGCAAUAAUUCAAACUAACUAGGUGCUUACUACUUAGAAAAAAUGUUUAACAAUUCAACAAUUGGCCAGCAAUUGCAACUGUUUUGUUUUUCAAGUCAGAAAUCCUGCUUUAAAGUUAGCUUGCUUUAAUCUCCCAUUUCCUGGUCCAGUAGCAAAGUAUUUAAGAAGGAAAAUAGAUUUUUUGAAAUUAAUACAUGUGUGUAUGAAGCAUCUCAAAAUGAGCCAUCUUUAAUACUGACAGUGGCUUGUGUUUGAAGGGAGGGUGGCUAAUGAAGAGAGGGAGAGAGUGAGUUUGGUAUGUGUAUUGGCCACAUUUGCUAUGUCUACCUACAUUUUUUUUUAAAAGAACGAUCAUGUUUAAAUGGAACUGUAUAGCAGAGGCUUCUAAACAUCAUGAUUAUUUGAGACCUACUAAAAGCUAAUUUUCUUGUAAAAAGCUGAUUGUUAUUCCAUGAUGUACCCAUCUCUUUUCUGAAACGGAAAGUGACUGAUAGAUUUAUUGGUAAUAAAAAUCCCAUCUUUCAGAAAAUUAUGCAUUUGCAGUGUGUAAAUUUAACCGAGGCACCUGAUCAACAAAGUGAUGCAAUGCAUUCUGUCACUGUUAACCAUGAAAUUGCAGUAAUUAGUUGCCUUUAAAACAAUGGCUCAACUGUUUAAAGUAAUAGAUUUUUGAGUGUCUAACUUUUAUUGUUAAAUGAGCUGUUGUCUCAAGUAAAUUUUAUUGUUCUUUCGGUUAUGCGUGAUAUGAGUAAGAUCAAGUGUUCAUUCGAUCAAAUUGAAGAAGUGCAAAAGCUUUUCAGCCGGAACCCAUGGGCUCUUCAUUUCUUCAAUGUGACUGAUCCCCUUUGGUAACUUUGUUCCUUUUCCUUCUAAUAGCAUUGUGGAUAUGAGCUGAACAGUGAAACUGGAUUUUGUUUUUUUAUGUUUCGGCUGGUCUUUAAAAGGUGUUUCUCCAUUCCUUUCUCAUGUAGCCACACACAUCCACCUAUAUCGUUAAUGAAAUUCACUGAUCAGCUUUUUAAUGAUGAUCAUUUAUGUGGUGACAGAACUGCACGAUCUCCACCCCACCUAUGUUUAAAUGUCCCCCUUGGGCUAUUUGGGUCCAGUUCUCCAACUGGAGGAAAAGAAUUAUAUGACUUUCAAAGAGAAGACUCCAUUCAGCUGGAAUUUUUUUCAUGAGUAAGGUUUGUCAGCCUCUACAAUAUAUUAUCACCCUGUCCAUAAUAAAGCUAUUUUAUCA